UUUACUCAAGUUGAAAAGUCAAGCAAUGUGGAAAUUCAAAUUUGAUUGUCGACUGAACUUUUGUCUACAGUCUACAGAGUAUAACAUGUGAAAUAUGAAUCGAAACUUUUCUCUUCGUCUUAACAAAAAAAAAAAAAAAAUUAUGAAUUGAAAGAGAGGAUGAGGGUACUUUUUCUCUUCGUCUUAGUUCUUCAGCUUUCUUCUAAAUAUGAAUCGAAACUUUUUUCGACAGAGCCGUUUAAGAUAUCUACUCGAAGAAACAUCUUGUCCUCAACUUUGCAUUGGUAUCUCGGCGUAUGGCACCAUAUGUUUCCUCAGGAAGUGGUAUGGGUUGCGAAUAGAGACAGCCCACUCUCCAAGCCCAACGGAACCCUCGAAAUCUUGGAUAACAACCUCGUCCUCCUUGAUCAACACGGUACCCGUGUCUGGUGGACCAAUGUGACCAGCACAAAUCUCAUGAAAUCGCUAGUGACUGGAGAGCUUCUCGACAGCGGAAACUUUGUAUUGAGAUACAUCAACAACGACGACUCUGCUAGAGUUUUGUGGCAGAGCUUUGAUUUUCCGACAGAUGUUUCCGGUAUGAAAUUUGGCUGGGAUGCCAAAUCAAACAUAAACAGAGUUUUGAAAUCUUGGAGAAGCCUUAGUGAUCCUUCUCCCGGGGAAUACACAUACGGAGUUGAACGUCAUGAGCUCGCGCAAAGUUUCAUUCGGAAGAAAGGUGUGCCAACAUUCCGGAGUGACCCAUGGAAGACAAAAAAUGACGUAGAAUAUGAAAGUGGAAAUUUAACCUACACGACAUACCGCAUUACCGUGUAAAAGUCU